AUGAUGUCCGGAGUAGGCAAAUACACUCACAUUGAUGAUCAAAAAGUCUCUGGAUCUGUUCCUGCUGUUCAAGAUCCCGGCCACGUCGCCGUCCAAUUCACCGAUUCGAAUUUGCAGACAUUUCCACCAUCGGUUGCACAGGGGAAGAUCUCUGGUGGAUCCCGUCCGCCUCGUGAUGCUGAUGAUACAUUUUCAAAACCUAUUUCUGGUUCUGACGAACCCCAGCAAGGUGGUUGGUUUCGGACAUUUACAGUUGCUGCAUAUAAGCCAUACUUUGAUGUUGACACUACCGAUGUUUUGGAAAGGAUAAAAGAUUCACUUUUCCCAUUUAGAGGAAGUUUUACCGAAAAAACAGCGAACAACCCAGAUUUGUAUGGACCAUUUUGGAUAUGCACUACCCUAAUCUUUGUAGCAGCCUCCAUUGGAACUUUUGUGACAUAUAUAGCACACAAGCUGCAGAAGAAAGAAUGGAACUAUGAUAUAAAUCUCGUGACUUGGUCUGCUGGAGUGUUUUAUGGCUAUGUCCUUCUUGUUCCUCUUGCAUUGUAUGUAAUUCUCAAGUACUUCUCAGCACCAUCAGGCCUUGUUCAGCUGUUCUGUCUUUACGGCUACUCCCUAUUUGUCUUUAUUCCAGCAUUGUGCCUCUCAAUCAUACCCGUGGAAAUUUUCAGAUGGGUGAUUGCCGGUGUGGCAGGGUUCAUGUCAGCAACCUUUGUGGCACUUAAUCUCCGAGCACAUAUCAUGACCGCAGGAGAAAGGUGGUUUUUGAUCGUAGCCGGCAUCUUUCUAUUGCAGUUGGCUCUGUCCGUUGUAUUGAAGCUUUAUUUGUUCACUGUUACUGUAUGA